AUGGCUCCUCGAUCAAGAGGUGCAAAGCGCAUCGCGGAUGCCUUUGCGUCUCCUUCAGUCCACCACGUCUGUUCUUCUUGUCUCCAGACCCUGUCCAAACGGAGCUACGCCUCUGCAGCAACAGCCAAAGCAAAUCUUGACUCCCAAUUACCUCCGCCUAUCACUCAACUGUCCCCGUCAGGACCUGAGGCGUCCCUGUCACCACAGCCACUCUAUACAAUAAAAGCUGGGAUUGUCCUUUCCCGCCCGCCCCUGAUCACGCCAGACCCUCAUCCCUUCGAAACAGCUUUCCAUCUCUAUCAGCGCCGUCUCAACGAGCGCCUUGUCUUGCCUUUCACGCAGUACUUCUACUACCGCCGCAACACACCUGCAUUUGAACAAUGGCGCAAACACCGCCGCGAGCGAGGUGGCGCCGCAACACGCGACAUCGGAAAGUACAACGCGUACAGUCCCGAGGCAUGGAACGAUGAAGUACUCGUGGGCGAUGAGACGGGGAAACCGGAGAAAAUACUAGAGCAACUUGUCUCCGAGGAGGGCAGAGCUGACGAAUUUACUGGGCAAGGGAAUCCGAGGUUUGCGGGGCUGAGGAGGCUCACGGAGGCGGACGAGAAGAAUGAUCAGAGGAGUCUAGAGAGGAGGCUACAGAGGACCUUGUAUCUCUUAGUAAAGCUAAAGAACAAGGGCGGACAAGCAAAAGAGAAGGACGUGGGCGGCGACAGUGAGAAAUGGCUGUGGAGGUUCCCCUCUGGGCCGGUUGUUGGGUUUGAAGGGUUAAAAGAGGCGGCGCAACGCAUCCUAUUCAGCUCACUAGGCCCUAACAUGAACACCUUUUUCGUCGGCAACCACCCUGUUGGCCACUACGUGGCGCGCUUCUCCUCACCACGGCCUCGUCCAUCUUCGGCCCCUCUGUUUAUCGCUGGAUCAACUUCCUCAGCAAAUUCCCAAUCAAUGGAACAUCCUUCCUCGUUAGCAACGACUCAGGUUGAGAAGGCUAGCGAGUCAACACCCUUGAAACAAGACCUUGCCGCAACAAAGGCCCUGGUGGACGGUGAAAAGACGUUCUUCAUGAAGGCACGGAUAAUGGCGGGACAAGCCGACGUCUCAUACUCUACUACCCACGCGGAUGCAAAUGGAAAAGAGGCAAAAUCUUCGACGGAUACUCCAGCUCCAGGCACCAGCAAGGGUGAGGCUAGGGAUAAAAAAGGUGUCGUCGUAGAUAUGGGAUUGGAUGAAAUCGAAGACUUCAAAUGGUUGAGUAAAGACGAGGUGGAGGAGCAUGUGCAUCCGGAUUAUUGGAUCAGGGUGAAGAACAUGCUUGUGGCGUAG